GUGAGUCGCGGGGAUAGUUCAUAUCUAACCCUAUAGACAACACAAUUUUGAACAGAAUAAAACCAAAUUGAUCGGGAAGACGCCCAUCGUUUCUGAUCUACAACAAUUUUACUUUUGGUCAAAAUGACGGAGAUACAGAUUAAAUAUUCACAGAGGUCAAUGGUAAACAGUGAGAGAAUGUCCGCCAUUCUCGACUCUAUCCAAUAUCGUGCAAUACCAUAUUCCAUGAAACUGGUCAGCCGCGAAAAAAUGUUUCGGUCGAUUCUGAAAUUUUUGAUCACAGAGUCUACGGAUACUUAAUACUCGCGUGGACUGCGGGACAGUGACAGUCUACCUUUGAAUGUGCCCGAGGGGAAAAAGAAAAGCAGGUAAAACUGCAACAGUGGAUGACGAACAAAUAGUGAUUCGUAUUGAACGAAAAAGGAUUCACUCACUAAUACUUACGACAAAAUCACGACUGAGUAUGUGAAAUUUACGCUUUUGAAAUCGAUUUUUUUUUCCAAUUUUACUUGUUCCAGAUAUACUUCAGAUGAUUCAGAAUGCAGCAAUUGUGUGCAAUGAGUAUGAAUAGCGCGCGUAGUGGAACGAUCGUUAACGGAGUUAAGUGUUGAGACACUCUAACGGAAUUAUAAAAGCUUUCGCUCUUGCCAGUCAGAUUUAUGUACGUUCGCAACAAGAAAACAACCAUAAUAUCGCUCAUCGUAUUGUUCACGGGUGUUUCUUAUUAUUGCUAUAGAAAUAUAACAUAUGAUAUUGAUCAAAGUAACAGUAAUGAUGCUGUUGUUGACCCACCAUUUCCAAGACUGCUGAAUGUUGCUAACAUAUACAGCUCUGCAACAUUAGAUUCGACCUUUAACUUGAUCCCGGAAUGGUUUGCAAUUGGCUUUGCGAGCGAUGGAAAUAAUACAGAUGAAAUGAUCGGUGUAAUCAAGAACUAUCUGCACUUAAGACAAUUUGCAUUACAUUGGCACAUUGUUACAACUUCAGAUGCACAAAGUCGAUUACAGUCGGUCAUUUCGAGUUGGAACAUAAGUCCUGUACAUUUCAGACUAACAUUUUACGAUUAUUCACUAUGCCGUCCUUAUACUGAACCUUACGAAGACUGGAUCGUUGCAGCUCGUUAUAUGGGAUCUAUAUGCAAAUUAGCAUUGCCGCAUAUAUUGCCGCAUGAUAUACGGUAUGUUAUGUCUCUUGAUACGGAUACAGUACUACUUGAUGGAUCUUUACGCUACUAUGUGGACUGUUUUUAUCAAUACAUACAGCAAUUUCAAUUAGCUGAGUACGACGAAAGACAAAGCAUUGAUAAACGUGUAUUAGAUAGUACUCCAGAGAUACCUAUUGCUGUAAACAAGAAAAGCAAAACUAUAUUUGACGUUGAUGAGAUAAGAAAAACCCGGUUUAAUUAUACUAUGCUACCUCCUCGUCCAGUAUUGGCCUUAGCACCUGAUCAUCACCAUGAACAGCCAAUCAUUGCCAUCUGGCCACAUAUGGUUCAAGGAACUUUGAACGGCGGAGUCAUGUUAUUUGACUGUCUAGGCUAUCGCCGGCACAGAAUUUGGGAACAAACACUACAGUAUAAUUACAUUGAAUGGGAUAAACGACAUCGAUCCAAAGCAAAAUGGCCUCAAUCAGCCGACCAAAACCUACUUAACUUACUUAUAUCCGACAAUCUUCAAAGCACACCAGUACCGCUCAGAAGCUACAGCUUGGUUUUACCAUGUUCAUGCAAUUAUUUAUUUCCACCGUGGAUAGAUAAUAACUAUAGAAAAGUAGUUUGUCCUAUUGAGACGAGAAUUAAAUCAAGAUCGACCCGUCCGUUUCGCAUGUUAAACGAGAUUAUCUACGAUAGAUUAAAACAAAAAUUAUCCUCAAAGUGGGACACCACUGCACUUUCAAUAAGCGUUGUUGAAGCACGAUCUGCGACUGCUUAUUUAAAGCAAGUCGGCUGGCAACAGGCCGACAGCGUUCAGCAUGAAAAUGUUAAGUCUGUUAUUAAGUUAGGUCCGUUAAUCUAUCUCGCUCACUCGGUUGGGUUUGCUAAAACCAAUGAUGACCAACUGAAUAACUUGCGUCGCUUCUAUCUAACUUUCGAAGACAAACUUCUCACACAGGUGAAUUCGUGGAACUAUAGGAGUGAACAAUGGAAAUAA